ACCAACUCAAACAAAGAACCAGGCAAACUAGCCUACCAACCAAAGAGCUCGGCAUUGAACGCUCUGUCUGAAGGAGGAAGGAAAAUCAUGGAAUGACAAAAACAUGAUUAAUUUUUGUGAUGAACAGUUUCGUGUUUUUGAUAACAAUGUUAUAUUAUAAAAGUGAAUAUUUAUAUUUCUUUGUUCCCUGUGUCCUUCCAUCACACUUAUUUGUUAACAUGUCGAUGUAUAAAGUUUAGUUAAGUGUGGUGCAGUUUUAAUAGUUUUGUUACGAAAAUGCAGCCCUUGAUUUCUCCUAUUGACCAUGAAUCCCGGCAAAGUUCAGUUCGUGUAGACGAGGCUACGGCUGCGAUGGCUGGGUCGGAGGACACGCCCCUGCUGGCGAGGUUCCCCCGCCCUCAGGGCCCUCGGAACCCCAUGACCACGGCUGUCGUCAGCACUCUUCUCAUAAUUUUAAUUUCUGGAAUUAUUAUUGGCAUAUAUCUUCUCAUACUACAAAGUGAGGCAGAAAAUAUACUUCCUCCCGUCGAAGCGCCUCUCAAACUUAUCAGUCUCCAUCAAUGGGACCCCAGCAAGGGGGCCACUCUGUCUCAAUCUCCGGCUCCGUUCAAAACGUCUCAAGUUAUUGUUGUGCAAACGGACACGGAAAGCUGUUUCACUGCAAAAACAUGUGAAAAGCUGCUUCGAGAUUUGAAGGCUAACUCAAUGGGGUCCGUACCUUACAAUUUUUUGAUCUCAUCGGAUGGCCAAACGUACGAGGCAUUGGGUUGGCAUUCUCCAUCUGCCCUCUUCCCAAAUCCAACUUUAAAAACAGCUCUAGUCAUCGCGUUUAUAGGGAAUUUUACUGAAAAUCCGCCCUCUGAUACUCUAAUUUCUGAAGGUAAAACUUUUUUUAUCGAUUCUAUCAGCCGACAACACUUGGACCCUAACUUCAUUCUUAUUGGCAAGAAAACCAAAUAUUUCCCCAAAUACCUAUUUUUAGGUUUUAAAGAUAUGAGUCAAUGGAGUGACGAAUUAUCUGAUUCUUCUUAAUAAUUUGUGAUAUUAGUGAUGGCGAGUUAACUAUUGUGAUAUAUCAAGUCAAGGAGGGAUAUGGCAAUUUAGUUUUAUUAUUUUGUAAUGUGGGUAUAAUUUAAUGUGAUUUGAUUUUGUUAUCCCAUUUUUAAACUGAUUUUCUGAAACAGAUAUGAGUUUUUAUAUAUUUAACUAUUUAUCCAUAACAUAUUUAUUGAAAUUACGUCGACAUAGCUCUUAAGGUUUUAUCUCAGUUGUAUCAAAUAAUUCAUACAAUUGUAACUAUAACAAAUAUAAGAUGAACAAUCUUCUUUAUAUACUUACUCGAAAAAAUAAGAAUUUACUGAUUGAUUCAAGUCUGAUUGUCAACAUUUAUUGCAUAAUAUUACAAGUAUUUGCUAAGAUUAUAAAGUUACACUACAGUCAGUCCACUAACAAAUUUUUCGGCGUAAAUAUGUUUUCAGAAAAAGGCGUAAUAUAAAUAACGCAUUACAUCGUAUAUUUUUCUAUACUAUUAUCACCUAAUUAAUCACUUUACGAAACAAUAUUUUAUUCUUAUAUCUUAUAUAUUAGGUUUGUAUCUUAUUAAAAUGUAAAGAAAUUAAAGAAUGAAUGUCUGUAAUGGCAAUGAAUGAUUCUACAACCAAAUAAAUGUAAUAUUUUUGCAUUUAUUUCGUGAUGUAUUAUUAAAUAAUUUUAGAUAUUCUUAUGGAUAUAAAUGUACUUGACUACGAAGAAAUAUACAGUCAUUUGCCGCAACAAAUUAAAUGUGCAUAUUAUAUAAUAUUUAUCUCUAUGUACUUAUAUAUAUUUUUUUAAUAUUUGCCGAACAUUAAUUUUGUAUAUAUCGAAACUAAGUAAAAUUAAAGAGCUUUAAAUAUAAUACCAAACUGGCAAAGCCUGGCACAAACUGCACCUAAAAGGAAGGUUUCAAAAUAUAUAUUUUUUUAAAUUGUCCUUUAUGUAUUCAUACUGUUUGUUUGAUUAUCUAAAUCUUUAAAUGUUAAAAUUACAUCUAUUUGUAUUUAGGUAUCUACAUGUAAUCAAUGAUGUACCUAGUAUUAAUUAAGUAGGUUAUUAAAUACGUGAAGAUAGUCGCCUGUUCCCACUUAGAUACCUCCAUCGAGAAAUAGUGGUUAUAAUUGUCUUGAAUGCGCUGUUUUUUCUUGGCUGGCAACACUGGGCGUUUAUCAACCAAUAUCUUGACCACUUUAUUUAGUAUUGUAAUGACUCGUUGAUGAGUGAAUCGUUAAAAAUACGUUGUCUUCUCUUUAUAGUAUUAUUGAUAGCGUAGGUUGCAAGAGCGCUCAGAAUUAUAUUAUGACAUAUCGUCAAUAUAAGCAAAGGACGAACUGCUGAUUUGAUUUACAAUUCCCACUCAGUUCAGACGCACUGAACCAAUCACAUUGCACUAUGUCUGUCGUUGCGUAUUGUGAUUAUUUGUGAUUGGUUAGCAGUGAGAUUCUCACUGCAAAUCGAGUUGAUGGUGAGAUGUAAAUAUCAAAUUCGCACAGCGCACGUAAGUUUGUCCUGACUUUCACGUUACGAACAUUUAUGGUUCGCAAAAUUUGCAAUAAAAACAGCUUUGUUACCUUCUGAGCGCAAAUUAAAUAUGUUGAAGUUGGGUUUUAUCUACACGUCGAUCUUUUGUCAUUGAAUCCCAAAUCACCUUUAAAUAUUACUUGGGCCUGGCUUUCAAGACUGGAAAUAUCAAUAGUUUUGAUAAAAUAUCAUUGUCUUGUUGAUAUGUCUAUAGAAUCGAUCGCGUUGACUUUCAAAAUCUAUUUCUGAGCAUUCUUAACAUCCAAAUUAUCUUUUUAAUUUAAGAGCAAACCUUUUUGUAAGCGACGUUGUGUCCGGUUUUCCUUGUGUUUAUUAUUCUUGGGCUAUAAUUUUAUGACAUUAUAGUUAACGUGAAAUAAUAAAAUUAUUCAUUUAAGAAAUUUAUAGAUACGUAUUUAAUAUUAGACUUAAGAUUUUUAAAUUAUAUACGUAUAUAAGUUAUAUAUAUUCUUUCACCUCGCACAGCUCGUGUAACAAUAGCAGAUUCAGAAUACUAUAUCCUUAUAUUCCGUUAGCGAUAAAAACUAAUUAGACGUGUGUAUCAUAUUUUAACCUGUCAUUAAUAGUAGUUAUAAGAACAAAGUAAAAGGAUUGCGGUAGAUUUGCAUUGAUUUGCAUCACUUAAUGUUAAUUUAUGUCGAAUAUUAGUAUAUAGGGGAUAACUAAUAAAAUAGUAGUAGUAAAACAAUCUUCCAAAUCGUGGAAGUUAAGCGCAGCACAGCAAUAAUUAUCAUUAGUUGACGUAAUCCAGAUGAAAACGAGCUAUUGUUAAGUUUCUAGUGAGCGAGUAUUGUCAGUAGAUGCCUCAAGGAUAUUGUAUGAUUUGUAAAUACAAAUUCUUCGCACGAGACAGAAAAUAGUAAAUUAUAUACAUUGAGAUCGUGAAUCUAAUUGCACUUUCCCAGUUUUUGUUUUUAAAUUCGUAGAAAUCAUUGGCUGAGAGGUAGGGUGUCAACAAAAUCAAUAAUGUUCAUUUACUUGAAACUUAACUUCAGACUUGUAUCGGAUUAUACGUCGUCAUUAUUCAUAAUCAUAAAGUAUAUUUAUCCUAUUUCAUUAUUAGAUUAAGGUUAACGGUGUCGGAUGAACAUUGCAAUGUUUCACGAUCAACCAUCAUUUGUAGCCACUCCAGAAUAUAACCAAAAAUAAAUUGGACCAUAAAAUGCUUAAAAGGUUUAGCGUUUAGUACCAUAACAAAAGCAGGUUAUCCGCACGACUUGAACUUUUGCCUCGUAAAAAUUUGGCUUGCAUGGUGUUCUUACCUUUUUGUUCGUCAGAUUUAUCUGAGUAUAAGGUAUAAUAGAAAGUUGUGGAAGAAGAAAGAGGAGGCCUUUACCCAAGUGUAAUAAAAAUAGGACACAAAGUAGACUUUUAGAAAAAUAUAUUAUCCAUCAACGAAAGUGGAAUACUUUUCAAUCAAAAAUUAAUAUCGAAACAACUCUAGGAAACGGCUAUGAAAAUAUCUACCGGAGAAAAUCCGAUUAGUAAUAGAAACUAGUAGUAUAUAAUAAAAAAUAAAUUGGAACAUAAAAUGCUUAGCAUUAGUUUGGCGUUUAGUACCAUACCAUAUAAGCAUGUAUUUCGCCUACUUCAAUUUUGGGCUCAUCUCAUCUGUGGCUUGCAUUGUGUUCUUAACUUUAUUUUGUUCGUCAAAUUUAACUGAGUAGGUAUAAGGUAUAAUCAAAAGUUCUGGAAUCAGAAAAGAAAGGGCUUUGCCCAACAGUGGGACACGAAAAAGGCUUUUAAAUAAAUAAAUAAAUAAAUAAAAGCGAAGAUUUUACGUGACAACGUCUUUUUACGCGCGCGGCAGACCGAUCAUAGUUGAGUGGGAGAGAGACGCAAGGCAUUCGGCGGGCCUCUCUCUCGUUCGGUGACUCAUCGUAACGUUACCGGGCGUUACACUUUUUCAUAAGUGACUCCCAGCCGCAACCUAAUUUAAGACGUUGUCACGUCAAAAUUUAAAAUAUAUCUAAAUAACUCUAGAAAACGGCUAUGAAAAUAUCUACAAUCAAAAAACAAAUUGUAACAUAAAUGCUUAGAAUAGAUUUAGCGUUUAGUUUGCUUUUAUUACCAUCUUAAAAGCAGAUAUUUCGCUCGACUUGAUUUUGCAUGGUAUUUUUAUUUCGUUCGUCAGAUUUUCCUGAUUGUAAGGCAUAAUAGAAAGUUGUGGACACAAAAUAUGCUUAUAUGCAACAGUGGGACACAAAAUAUGCUUUAAAAAGGGCAUUGCCAAUCGAGGAAAAUGGAAUAUUUUUCAAUCAAAUAUUUCUAAAGACCUAUAGGAAACGCCUAUGAAAAUAUCUACCGUAUAAGUCCGAUUAGUUAUUACUAAUUUAAUUAAUAUACUAGCAGUUGACCGCGGCUUCACGCGUGAAUUUCAUUUCUUAAAAGGAAUCUUAAGUGAAGUUUCAGUUAUUCUUUUAUCCCGUAUUCUAAGACUAAAUUCGUAUUUUUGUUAUGUUACCCGUUUCCCGCUACUCUUUUCGCUACGUGUCUCGUUCCGAAACUUGUCCUGUCCCGUUUCCUACAAAUUGUCCUAUGUCUUUUCUCGCUCGCAAUGCGCCCCAUCUUAUUUCUCGCUACGUGUCUCACUCCCGCUUUCCGUAACGUGCCGAACAUUUCAUGGACCUCUCUUCAAAAAUAUUAAAGUUUCGCAUAGAUUUCCACCUCUACAUCAUUUCCCUAGAAAUGCAAUUUUCAAAAUCUAGUUAUAUUUUACUAACUAUACGUAUAUAGAUAUUACCAAUUUGAAUAAAAACAAAAAUAACGAAGUUUCAUACAAACUUGCAAUCCCUAUUUCACCCUUAUAAAGAUGUAAUUUUCAUAAUCCAAUUAAUGCAUUAUUAUUUUUACCAACAAAAAACUAAAAUAAAAAAAAAUCAUGUGUGUCACUUCAAAAAUGACGAAGUUUCAUACAAACUGGCAACCCCUAUUUCAUCUCUUUAGGGAUAGAAUUUCCAAAUAUACUUUUUAGCAGACGUCUCCUAGUUCUCCUAGUAAUCUACCUAUCUGCCAGAUUUCAUCUUCAUGGGCUCAGUAGAUUUCGAGAUUUCGUGAUACAUGAGUGAGUGUUUUUCGCUUUUAUAUAUAAAAGCGCUAGCGUUGGGACACAAAAUAAGCUUAAAAAACGCAUUGUCCAUAACGAAAGUGGAAUACUUUUCAAUAAAAGAAAAUAUAUCUAAAUAACUCUAGAAAACGGCUAUGAAAAUAUCUGUAACCGGAGAAAAUCCGAAUAUUAAUAGACAUUAGUAGUAUAGUUUUAGCGUUAGUUUGGCGUUAAGAAUAAAAAAUCAGGUAUUUCGCUCGACUUGAAUUUUUUCCCUGGUCACAACGGUGGAUUAAGUUUGCAUGGUAUUUUGUUUUUUUUUUGUUCGUCAGAUUUUUCUGAGUAUAAGGUAUAACUAAAGUUAUGUAUGAAGAAAGGGGAGGCCUUUGCCCAGCAUUGGGACACAAAAUGGCUAAAAAAGGAAUUGUCCAUCAAUUAAAGAGGAAUAUUUUUUAAUUAAAAAUAUUUCUCAAUAACUCAAGGAAACUGCUAUGAAAAUAUCUACCGGAGAAAAUCCGAUCACUAAUAGAUUUGUAGUAUAUAACCAAAAACAAUUAACAUAAAUGCUUAGAAUAGGUUUAGCGUUAGUUUAGCGUUUAAGGUAUAAUAGAAAGUUAUGGAAGUAGAAAGGGGAGGCCUUUGUCCAGCAUUGGGACACAAAAUGGCUAAAAAAGGAAAUGUCCAUUAAUGAAAGUGGAAUAUUUUUUAAUUAAAAAUAUUUCUCAAUAACUCAAGGACACGGCUAUGAAAAUAUCUACCGGAGAAAAUCCGAUUAGUAAUAGACACUAGUAUAACCAAAAAUAAAUUGGAACAUAAAAUGCUUAGAAUAGUUUUUACAUUAGUUUGGCGUUUAGUACCAUAAUAAAAUCAGAUAUUUCACUCGACUUGAUUUUCCUCGUCCCAAUUGUGGAUUAAGUUUGCAUGGUAUUUUGAAUUUUAUUUCGAUCGUCAGAUUUUCCUGAGUAUAAGGUAUAAUAGAAAGUUGUGGAAGCAGAAAGAGGAGGCUUUUGCCCAACAGUGGGACACAAAAUAGACUUUAAAAGAGGCAUUGCCCAUCGAGGAAAGUGGAAUAUUUUUCAAUCAAAAGUUUAAAAUAUUUUUAAAGAACUCUAGGAAACUGCUAUGAAAAUAUGUACUGGAGAAUUUCGAUUAGUUAUUACAAAUUUAAUUAUAUUAGUGUAUAAGGUAUAAUCAAAAGUUGUGGAAGCAGAAAGGGGAGGCCUUUGCUUAGCAAUGGGACACAAAAUAGGCUUAAAAAGGCAUUGUCCAUCAACGAAAGUAGAAUACUUUUCAAUCAAAAAUUAAAAAUAUAUCUAAUUAACCCUAGGAAACGGCUAAAAAUAAUAUCUACCGGAGAAAAUCCGAUUAGUAAUAGACUAGACUAGUAGUAUAUAAUCAAAAAUAAAUUGGAACAUAAAAUGCUUAGAAUAGGUUUAGCGUUAAUUUAACGCUUAGUACCGUAAUAAAAGCAGGAAUUUCGCCCAACUUCAAUUUUUUCUCUUGUCACAAUUAAGUGGGUUAAGUUCCGGUGUUUUUAAUUUUAUUUUGUUCGUGAGAUUUUCUUGAGUAUAAAGUAAAAUCUAAAGUUGUAGAUGUAGAAACGGGAGGUCUUUUCCCAGUAUUGGGACACAAAAUGUCUAAAAAAAGGAAUUGUCCAUCAAUGAAAGUGGAAUAUUUUUUAAUUAAAAAUAUUUCUUAAUAAGUCAAGGUAACGGCUAUGAAAAUAUCUACCGGAGAAAAUCCGAUUAGUAAUAGACACUAGUAGUAUAUAACCAAAAAUAAAUUGGAUCAUAAAAUGCUUAGAAUAGUUUUAGAGUUCGUUUCGCGUUUAGUAUCACAAUAAAAACAGGUAUUUCGCCUCGUCUCACGACUCGAAUGUUUGCCUCGUUUCAACUGUGACUUGCAUGGUGUUCUUAACAUUAUUUUGUUCGUCAGAUUUAUCUGAGUAUAAGAUAUAAUCGAAAGUGGUGGACGCAGAAGGGGACACCUUUGCCCAAAUGUGGGACACAAAAUAGGCUUAUAACAAAGUUAUUGGCCAACGAAAGUGGAAUAAUUUUCAAUCAAAAAUUUAAAAUAUAUCUGAAUAUCUCUAGAAAACGGCUAUGAAAAUAUCUACCGGAGAAAAUCCGAUUAGUAAUAGACUAGACUAGUAGUAGAAAAAUAAAUUCAUAAUUUAUUUGUGAUAUUAAGCCAAUUUUUUAUGACGAAACUAGCACCACUGUAAACUAUUUUCUUGCUUCUAGUCCCGUAAUGAAAUAGGGCUUUAAGUUGACCGCAACUAAAUUAAAUCAAUUGAGAAUGAUCUCUGUAUCGACAUAUUAUUUGAAACGCGUUGGUUUUAAAGAACUACGAAUAUAUUUUGUGUAAUGAAAUAAUGUUUAAACUGGUUUGACUAUUUAUUAGACAAUUCGAAUGAUUAGCUAAUGUAGCCAGAACUUAGAAUUGAUCCCAUAUGACCUUGGCACCACAUGAAUGAUUCUAUUUUUUCGAACAAAAUUAUUGUAUAAUUUUAUCCAAGUUUGGCUAUAAGUUAAAUUAUUAUAUGUUCAACAAAUCUGGGUAUAUUAAUAAGUUUUGUUUCACAAUGGCAUUUUCCAGAAGUACUUUACUAUAUUAUAUGAUUUGACAAUUUUCUCGAUUUUAAAAAAGGAAAUAUAUAUGAAAAUGAAAAUAUUGCGGCCAGUUCUAUUUUUAUUUUUUUCUAUAACAAAGUAAAUUUAUAUCAGCUACCCCUCGUAAGUUCUUAUUACCUCCUAAUGGGGCUUGUAGGUGACCAAUAAGCGCUCUAUGGUAAUAAUGUAGCUAGAAAAACCCUAGGGCGGCAAGUAAUUAAAAAAACACAUUCACUCAAAAAGUUCACUCUUUCAAAAAGUUAACGUACAUCUAACCAUCAUACUGGCAAUAGACAUCAUGAAUUUAGCCUAAUGACCAAAGAGGUCGCUUCGCUAUUCAGGCUUGUCUUUGUAUGAGUAUAAUUGUCAUCAGUUUUAAAUAUCGAACGGCGAAGUCCAAUUUCGUACUUGAAAAAAAAUAUUAAAAGUUCUUUACUUAGUUCUUUUUAAAGAAAAAAGGUGGGUAUAGGGAGUAUUACUCCACAUUUAUCCCGCCAGAGUACAGCACUGUAUGUAAGGUACACAAAAGCUUUGCCGCCUUUUGCUAUGUCGAUUAAACGUUUAUUUUAGUGUACUUUAUUAAUCCUUUCAUUAUGUAAGCAUUCGUUUGUGCGCUCCAUAUUCAGUUUUAUUAAUGAUUUAAUCUAUAAUGUCCGAUUCGACCGAUGUUUUGAUAGAAACCAAAACACGGAGCGGUAGAGUAGGGUACCGCGUCAUGAUGAUGAGAAGUUCUACUUCAUGGAGUAGUCAGUCCCAUCAUUAAGAGAUCAAUUCUAAGAACUGGCCAUAUACAUAUUAAUUAAAGUAAAAAGUACAGUCAACUUUAAAUUGUUUUUUUAAAUAAUCGGUCAACAUUGUUCUUAACUUAUCAAUGUGUAAAUAUUAUAUAAUUAAAAUUAAGUAGAUAUAAGAAAAAAUCUGUAAAUGAAGACAGUAUCAUUGUAAGAUUGAGUUAUGUGAAUAUGUAUUUUAUAUUAUUUUGCUUGGAUAAGAGUGCAUUCCAAGUGUCUUACGAAAAUAGUAGAUUGCAUAUUAUGUAAACGUUCUAUUGUACCUCAACUAAUGUAUUUGUAUAGGUACUUGUCCGUGUUUCCAUCACAUCUUUUGGAUGUGUGGUUAGAUAUGCUCUUAUCACAGUCCAUGUUUAUUCGUAUCAAGUUUUAAAUGGAUCCAAUCCAGAUAAUUCAUGAGAAUGUAAUUAAGAGCUCUUUCUCUUUCUUUUAAUGACUAAGUUAAACUAUAAUUGAUUAUUUUAAUUAGUUUUUAAGAGACUCUAAGGCCAAGUCAUCGAUCAUUAGUGUACUGACUGUAUGUAGCUGGACUGCAGCGACUAUGAAGUAAGAUUAACUUUAAGUAACAUAUAUAUUUAUGUAUUGUCUUUUAUACGAUAAAUAAUCUAAAUUAUUUCCCUAUAUGUAUAUGACGUGUGUACAUAAAUGUAUACCUGUUAAUAUUAUUGUGACUGUAAAAUUAUAUUUUCUUUAUAGUUUUGUAGGGAUGUUGAUUGAUAUGGGUUUACUAAUUUGCAAAACAAGUUAUGGAAAUAUUGUUAACAGAACGAAAAUUUAAAUCGAAUUAAAAGUAAGUCUGUAGUCCCACUAGUUAUAUUUCCCAAAUGUGUUCCAAGGUAAAUAAAAAAGUAAAAUCGGGCAUCACCCCUUUUUGUUGAGAAAGUAAAUGCCAAAAAAUUUAUUGGGGUUUCUUUCACAUUUUUUAUAUAUGUUUCACAUUUCAUUUACUUGGUAUACCAAAAACGGUUCCAUAGCUAGAGUUUUGUAACUUAGUAAAGAUGAUGUGCUAUAAUAAUAUAUCCAGAACUUAAUCACACUUACUGUAUAGUUCUGGAGGCGUAAGUAAGCUCAGCUUGCGUUAUUCGUAUUUUAAUUUUAAAACUUAUAAGGCGCGGCUGGUUGCGCAAAAGGAACGACAUCUCGCACACUGUCAAGAAGUUGUAUAUAAGCAAGUCGUUUACAAUACAAUUAUAAAAAUUAACUCCUCAAGUUGUGCAUAAGGACUAAAUAAACAAUAUUACGCCACGAAAUGUUCACUGUUACUUUUUCUAUAGGAAGAAUAGCUAUGGCGCUAGUUUUACUCCACUUCAAUGUGUUCGGCUAAAUAAUCCAUACGUUAUCUUGAAAGUGGAAAGGAAAACCAGGGUCAACAUUAUAAAACAAGUUCAUGUUUACCAAUUUAUGGCAGUGUCGACGUCACGUGUAAUUUGUCUAUCUUGUAAUACUAAUUCGAUAUAGUUAUAUAAAAAUAUAUUAUAGAUUUAGAGCUAAAUAAAAGUAACCACCAAAACAAUCAGGAAAAGUAAUUGCAGUUAACAUUUGUACAUUAAAUAAAAUUGUCUUAUUUGAUAAAUUUUACUCUUAAACUAACUACUGCAUAGAAUCAAAUAAUAUCAAUAAAAACUUGAACUUCUGAUGUAAUUAAAUAAACUUUUUUAUUAUAUUUAGUCGAACAGCUAAUCCACCUACUGGUGAUACUUACUUUGAUUUGAAGAUGCAACAUCUAGUGGGUCUAUUUGCUUCAAACUUUUACCAAGUCGUCGUUUUAACUUAACCGGACACCUUACAUUUUGAAUGUUUUUCGGUGUAGUAUUGAAGGUUGUUGGACAUAACGAAAAAAUAUGUACCUAAAUUUUUACGAUUUUCUUAUUCGAGCCGGAUGUACGGCUUCCACUUUAAAAAUAUGAUUUGUCCAACGAAAUUGUCUAUUACAUAUUAUACAACUUUCAACAUAUUUUACUACAUUUGAUGUGAAUUUUGGAAUUAAAUAAGUAUGGUAAAUCUCGA